GCUCUUCUUCUUCAUAUUCUUUGUUUGCAACUCAAGUACUUUUUUCAAUGGCAUUUUCACUUAGGACGAAGACAUUUACGUUUAUAGAAGGUGAUUCUCCACUUCAAUCGUGGAAUGAGACUCAUCAUUCAGAUCAAUGGCAGAGAGGCAUUUAUUAUACCUUGUGUGCCGCUUAUGCAACCGUUUCUUUUGUUGCUCUUAUACAAUUGGUUCGGAUUCAAAUGAGGGUACCUGAAUAUGGAUGGACAACGCAGAAGGUUUUUCACUUGAUGAAUUUUGUUGUUAAUGGAGUCAGGGCUGUUCUUUUCGGUUUGUACAAUAGUGUUUUCACAAUUAGACCAAAGGCAUUUGAGCUGGUGCUAAUGGAAAUUCCUGGUCUUCUGUUUUUCUCUACAUACACAUUGCUUGUCUUAUUUUGGGCUGAGAUAUAUCACCAGGCUAGAAGUGAACCUGCACAAAAACUUAGACCUGCUUAUUUUACUCUAAAUGGAUUUGUGUACCUCAUACAGAUUUGCCUCUGGAUUUACAUGAUUGCAAGUAAAACUACCACUGGCAUUGAAGCUGCUAAACUCUUCCUUGCAGUUAUAUCAUUCUGUGCUGCUCUUGGAUUUUUGUUGUAUGGUGGAAGGUUGUUCUUCCUGUUGAGACGCUUCCCCAUUGAAUCCAGAGGUCGUCAAAAGAAGCUUUAUGAGGUUGGAUCAGUUACAAGUAUUUGCUGCACUUGCUUCUUGAUAAGAUGUGCUUUGCUUGCUGUUUCUGCAUUUGAUGAGAAAGCAGAUCUGGAUGUUUUGGAAAAUCCCAUUCUUAACCUGGUGUAUUAUUUGUUGGUGGAGAUUCUUCCAUCAGCAUUGGUGCUCUUCAUUCUGCGAAAGCUUCCCCCAAAGCGAGUUUCUGAUCAGUAUCACCCCAUUAGAUAGUUGUGUAUUCCAAAUUCUCUUGGCAUUCAACAAUCUGUUCCUUUUUAUUACACUCCUCUUUAAUACAUCUUUUGAUCUGUUUGAGCUGCUCCACAAAUCUUCCAUUACUGUUCUGUAUAUUCAUAAUUUUAUUUUUUGAUGGUAUAUGUAUGAAAUGAAGUGGGGCAGAAUAAAACAUAAUGGAGAUGAGUAUUUUAUAAUGGAAUAGAACAAAUUUGGAUAUAAAUGAGAAUAAAAUAUGGCAAUGGAUUCCAUUAUAGCUUUUA